AGCGAGGCGGUGGCCGACCGCGAGGACGACCCUAACUUCUUCAAGAUGGUGGAGGGCUUCUUCGACCGCGGCGCCAGCAUCGUGGAGGACAAGCUGGUGGAGGACCUGCGCACCCGGGAGAGCGAGGAGCAGAAGCGGAACCGGGUGCGCGGCAUCCUGCGGAUCAUCAAGCCCUGCAACCAUGUGCUGAGCCUCUCCUUCCCCAUCCGGCGCGACGACGGCUCCUGGGAGGUCAUCGAGGGCUACCGGGCCCAGCACAGCCAGCACCGCACGCCCUGCAAGGGAGGAACCAGGAAUUAAAGCAGUGAACAAAACAAUCUGUCCUCAUGGUGCUAACUUGCCGGGUAUCCGUUACAGCACUGAUGUGAGUGUAGAUGAAGUAAAAGCUUUGGCUUCUCUGAUGACAUAUAAGUGUGCAGUGGUUGAUGUGCCAUUUGGAGGUGCUAAAGCUGGUGUUAAGAUUAAUCCCAAGAACUAUACAGAUAAUGAAUUGGAAAAGAUCACAAGGAGAUUCACCAUGGAGCUAGCAAAGAAGGGUUUUAUUGGUCCUGGCAUUGAUGUGCCUGCCCCGGACAUGAGCACAGGCGAGCGAGAGAUGUCCUGGAUAGCUGACACCUAUGCUAGCACCAUAGGGCACUAUGAUAUUAAUGCACAUGCCUGUGUUACUGGUAAACCCAUCAGUCAAGGAGGCAUCCACGGGCGCAUCUCUGCUACUGGCCGGGGCGUUUUCCAUGGGAUUGAAAAUUUCAUCAAUGAAGCGUCUUACAUGAGCAUUUUAGGAAUGACACCAGGGUUUGGAGAUAAAACAUUUGUUGUUCAGGGAUUUGGUAAUGUGGGCCUGCACUCUAUGAGAUAUUUACAUCGUUUUGGUGCUAAAUGUGUUGGUGUUGGUGAAUCUGAUGGGAGUAUAUGGAAUCCAGAUGGUAUUGACCCGAAGGAACUGGAAGACUUCAAAUUGCAACAUGGAUCCAUUCUGGGCUUCCCCAAGGCAAAGCCCUAUGAAGGAAGCAUCUUGGAGGCUGACUGUGACAUACUGAUCCCAGCUGCCAGUGAGAAGCAGUUGACCAAAUCCAACGCACCCAGAGUCAAAGCCAAGAUCAUUGCUGAAGGUGCCAAUGGGCCAACAACUCCAGAAGCUGAUAAGAUCUUCCUGGAGAGGAACAUUAUGGUUAUUCCAGAUCUCUACUUGAAUGCUGGAGGAGUGACAGUAUCUUACUUUGAAUGGUUGAAGAAUCUAAAUCAUGUCAGCUAUGGCCGUUUGACCUUCAAAUAUGAAAGAGAUUCCAAUUACCAUUUGCUCAUGUCUGUUCAAGAGAGUUUAGAAAGAAAAUUUGGAAAGCACGGUGGAACUAUUCCCGUUGUACCCACAGCAGAGUUCCAAGACAGGAUAUCGGGUGCAUCUGAGAAAGACAUUGUACACUCUGGCUUGGCGUACACGAUGGAGCGUUCUGCCAGGCAAAUUAUGCGCACAGCCAUGAAAUAUAACCUGGGAUUGGACCUGAGAACAGCUGCAUAUGUCAAUGCCAUUGAGAAAGUCUUUAAAGUAUACAAUGAAGCCGGUGUGACCUUCACAUAGAUGGAUCGUGGCUGACUUCCUCACUACCCUCUUUUACCUGUAACUUCUGCAGACCUAUCACAAGUUUACAUGUAACCACAAAAAUCCCUUUGUCUUCUGACUCAUUAGAUAAUGUACACCAUUCUCAGCCAAGUCAAUCCAAAUCAGCCCCUUAAGAAGAAACAAAUUAAGGUUAGGGGAUCAUGUACAAGCUGAUGAGUAUGAAAGUAGAAAUCACCUCUACUGGAGAGCCAUUUAGAUAUUCUGUCUUUAAAUAAAAGGUCUCUUCCAUCGGGCUGUGCAGCCUUGCUCUGUGACUCUUCUCAGCAGUCAGUGCUGUUGCCAGGAAGGCAGUCAAGAGCAGUCAGUUGCCCACUUGUUUUGCUGUGGACAAGUCUGGGAUGUGCUGUAACUCUAACACAUUCAAAAAGUAGGUGUGUGGCAUUUUCAGAAGGUGGCAUCGUCCUCAAGUGAGUUAUUGGUAUUUUACAUCAGCAAAAUAACUCAGUUUUACAGGUUGCAAACAAAAAUAAAAGCUGUUUCUGUUUAUGAAUUUUAUUCUUUUAGAAUAAAAGAAGUACAUGCUGCUGUAAUAAAAUUGCCUUUAAUCACUUAACAAGCCUAACCUUAACUCAAGCGGUGAAUGCCUAUAAACAUAAUAAAUGAAAAAAGCUCGUAUUUUUAUAUCAUAAAACAGUAUCAUUUAUAGCUUAUCAGUCAUGUUAUUGUCCAACAAAAAUAAAAAGCCCAAUGGAGAGUUAAGUUAUCUUCAUAUUUGCAAAAAUGAUGGAGGCUAUUGUUAAGAUGUCAGAAUUUGCUAACUAUAAUUAUGACAUAGUCCAAGAAAUGCAGUAACUUUAUCAUGUUGAUUAAUUGUUUUCUUUUGAAGAUCUAUUGUUGACUAAUUGAACAAUAAUUCAAGUAGAGUGUCCCAGAAAAAACCACAUGGGCUCCCUGUUUGGAGCUGGCUGGCUCUGAGCGCUGCCAGUGGCCUCUCCUCGACUUGACUUUGUGUCUUCGCCUUCUAGAGGCUUUGCAUUCUGCACCCAGCUUCAUUAACAGUGGGCUGAAAACACCUUGGGUUGAGCAUUCUGUUUGGGAGUCAUUUGGCCAGGGCCUUUUGAACAGUAGUGUCCCAAUGAAGUGCUAGACAAUAUAUAUGUAAGAAUGAGCUUUUUUAAAAACUAUACUACCCUUUCAGAAAUUUCUAACUACUUUGUAACUGCAUGACUUAACUGGUGAUAAAAAGCAGUUAUUAAAAAUCUACCUUUUCCAAAACUUA